CCCAGGGGUGGAGAAACGGAGGCCCUGGAGGAGGGGAAAAAAAGGAGGCCGAGGAUCCUUGCUACUACUCUGAAUCAGAUACCGAUUCUCUUAGAACCUAGAGAAACAGAAAAAGGGAAGGGUGUAUCAUCCCCUUUCCUCCCCUCCUCUUUUUCCUCAGCCUUAGCCAUGGCCGAGGCAGGGGCCGGGCUGAGUGAGACCGUCACUGAGACAACGGUUACCGUGACAACCGAGCCCGAGAACCGGAGCCUAACUAUCAAACUUCGGAAAAGGAAGCCAGAAAAAAAAGUGGAAUGGACGAGUGACACAGUGGACAAUGAACACAUGGGGCGCCGUUCAUCAAAAUGCUGCUGUAUUUAUGAGAAACCUCGGGCCUUUGGUGAGAGCUCCACUGAGAGUGAGGAAGAGGAAGAGGAAGGCUGUGGUCAUACACAUUGUGUACGGGGCCACCGCAAAGGACGGAGUCAUGCAAUCCCAGGACCGACCCCCACCACCCCUCCCCAACCUCCCGACCCCUCCCAGCCCCCUCCAGGGCCAAUGCAGCACUAAAUUCCUCUCUCCCCCAUCAUUCCUGUGUCUGUCUGGCCCUGAAUGUAUCCAUGUGGCUACCUGGGGGCUAAACCCAUGGUUUGAUUCCUUCUUCACGCUCCUCCUUCCCUCUUCUUUGCCUCAUAGAGGGAAGAAGUAGAGGAGGGUGGACAGAGAUCCUGGAAUUCUGACUUGCUGCUAUUCCAGAACCCAGUCUUCUGGGUUCUCCCAGCCCUCAUUUCUCCUCCCAGUUCUUGUUCUUACCAGGGAUCUAGGCAUCUUGGUCCCAGUCUCUUUCCUUUGCUCUUACUGCCAAACUGCCUGUCCUGGGAUCCCGUUAUCUUGGCCCCUUGCACCCUCGAUUUGAGUCCCAAACACUUAAACUGGGUUUUCAGUAGUCCCAGCUUUCACUGCCAGGGUCCCAGUUAGAUUCCAGGCAAUCUCACCCCAGCUGUGCUUGUUAAUCCUGGCUUAGAGCUCUUCCAUUUAUGCAUUUAUAUAAUCCUUAUUCUUAGUCAUUGCCUGUAGGAUAAGAGGUCUUAUGGGACACCCUGGGCUCCCAGCCUUUCCCCUCCUUCCCAUCCUUUCAUGCCCUCGAAAGGAGUUAGAGAAAGAGGUCUUUGUCAUUCUCAUGUCUAAGGGAAAGUGGAACAAAAAAGUCAUGCCCACCCUUUUCAUUUGAUACAGGAUUUUUGACAAAGAUAAUUUGAGACUGGUCACUAGAGCCAACUAUCUUUUCAGCCUUUCAUCUUUCAGCUUCAGAGCCAUCCAACAUAACCCAGGGGCCUUGGAUCUUGGGAGAGGAAGGAAAAGGGAAAGAGCAAACAGAUGGGGGUAUGUACCCUGUACUACACUCCUAUCCCUUCCUUCCUAGGCUUUGAUGUAUCUCCCAACCCAGAUAUCCAGCUCUCUCAGCCCUCCCCACCCCUUACUGGGACCUGGUUAUCAUUUUCCAGGUCUCUUGCCAUGCACAGUUGCAGAGAUCAGUCAAAUUCAUACCACCACUGAGAUCUCAUUUAUUGCCACAGAUGCACAAAAUAAAUAACCCAACAUCACAAAACGUGUUAAAUACGGGCCCAUU